AUGCUACUGCUGGGUGAGAGAAAAAGUGGGAAGAGCUCAGCAGGAAACACCAUCCUGGGAAGACCGGCCUUUACAAAAAACACGACUCACAGCACCAGAGAGAUUGGCACCAUCUUCAGAAAACAAGUAAAUACACAAGUUGACACCAAUUUAACUCUUUCUUAAAACUUUUCAUUAUUUUAUUAUCUCUAUUGUAUUCCUUAUUCUAUAUUGAGUUUAUUGUUGCUAAGAGUUAUGAUUAAAUUUGUGUCAUCGGUCUUUACUCAAUUUGAUCCACCAGGUGACCGUGGUUGACACCCCAGGAUGGUCCCCCAAUUCCACCACUCCACACAGAGUAUCCCAGGAUGUCUGCACAAGUCUGACCCUCUGCAAACCAGAGCUCCACGCCAUCCUUCUGGUGCUGCCCACCACCUCUGCCUUUGGAAAAGAGGAGUGGAGGGCCAUGGAGGAUCAUCUCAGACUGCUCCAGACCCCCAUCUGGUCACGAGCCAUGGUCCUCUUCACACACGGAGACAAACUGGGUAAAAUAAAAAUUAUUUACUCAUGUUGGAUACUUCUUUUACUCACUGUUAAUGAGUGGUGUCCAGACAGCUUGCCAUAUCAUACACCUGAUUGUUUAUUCAUAUUCACUUUGUUUUGGGGCGUUCAGCACCAAGGUCCCAACACAAGAGGGAUCGCUAACAUCAUUGAGUCUAUGGUAGAUUUUGUAUUUGAGGAACUCCUUCGGGGAAACUAAAGAAACUGGGUUAAAACUACUGUGAGAGCUCUUCGGUUUACGAUAAAGGCCUUUUUUACCCACUGAGAUCAGCUUGAAAUCAGGAUCAGGCAUAAAUAGAUGGGAGUAAUUUGACUGACUUCUCCUUUAGUUUGAGGUCUUAGGGAUAGAUUAACAAGAGGUUUUAGGGUCUGUAUGUAUUUCUUUCUUUCUGGUUCCAUUUCAUCUAGCAUUUAAAAUCAUUAAAAUAUGGAUCUGUAGAAAGACCAACUUUAAUGCCUCUUGCAACAUGGCUCUUCACAAACAUACUGCACUGCAUUGUUUCUUUUCCUACCAACAUGUAACAAUGGCAAUAUAUAUACCUGAAAAGUAAUGCCGAUACUGCCAUCUAAUGGCUAGGAAAGACAGUGAUUCCAAAUGAACCAUUAUUGCAAUCGGUUGUUACAACCAGAUUCCCUAAAAUGUAAUUUGUCCAGACCUCUGCUCUUCUGGCAAGAUGAUUGAUCCCUUGGUGCCAUCAAUAAUAUAGAAAGGGCCUUAGAAGUGCUCUCUUCAAUGUCGGUAGUGUAAAUAAAACAUUACAGGAGGGCCUUUUUAUAUGGAAACCAUAUAAAAAAUGUUCUACUUAAUGCCCUUCCACAAUGGAAGAAAAUGUAGAAUAAGUGCCCUCUGGAUGCUCUUCCAGAAUAUAAAACAUAACCAACAAGUUUCCUGGUCGCUCCUCAGCCUUUCAGGUUUAGACAAAGUCCUCUUUAGUUGCUUUCAUAAGCAAAAAUUGUAAACAAAGUGCCCCCUGGUUGCCCUUGUAAUGUAUAGAUUGUUUGAAAAAAGUCCCCUCAUGCUGUGUUUUUGUCAUAAAAUUGUAAAUAAUGUGCCCUCUGGUUGCUUUUUCAGUGCAGAAAUUUUAAACAAAGUGCCCUAUAGUUGAUCUUUCAUUGCAAUAGUUAUAAACAACUCUCCCUCUGGUUGCUCUUUUAGUUAAAAAAAUUGUAAACAAAUUGCCCUCAUUUUGCCCUUUUACAGCAAAAAUUGUGAACACCAUGCCCUCUGGUUGCACUUGAAGUGCAGAAUUUGUCAACAAAGUGCCCUCUGCUUGUGUUUUUUUUAGUGCAUAAAUGAAAAUUACAGUUAUCAGUUGAGUAUGCAACUGAUAACUGCCAUGUGUCUGCUUGUAGCAAUGUCAAAAAAAUCUGAACAACACUUUUUUUUGUUCUGUUUGCUUUUGUUUCUGUUUAAGGUGUGCCUAUUGAAGAGCACAUAAGGCAACAAGGGAAGACUCUUCACUGGCUGCUGGAGCGAUGUGCAAACAGGUACCAUGUUAUGACCAACCAACCCAGUACCAUAAAGGCAGAGGUCACACAGCUCAUGGAGAAGAUCCAGAGGAUGCUGGAAACUACCCCUCCUUCCUGGGAGAUCCGAAACAAACAGUACACCAAGCUGAGACAAGAGAGUAUGGAGGGGUGGAGGGGUUGGCAGGGAAGACAAGAAGACAUGGAAAUGACAAAUGUGUAUGAUUUAUGUGACGACAUGCCAGGACUAGCACGGCAGAGAGCAUCAGGUAAAUAUGUCCUUGUAUGUCUAAGUGAUAUAGUGAAAUUAUCCACUAGUUUGUGAACCUCCCUGCCCCAUUACCAGCCUACAACAGCGGCAACUUGUAUAUUACUAGUAGUCAAGGUGCCAAAUGAAUAGCACAAUACUCUGAAGCCCAUCCAUGAACAAGUUCUUGUACUGUUUAUAUUUACUGUGUUCUCAGUUGGCCCUGGAUGUGCUCUGUCAUUCAUCCUGCUGGGGAGGAAGAAGUCAGGGAAGAGCUCAGCAGGCAACAUCAUCCUAAACAGAGAAAAGUUUCAGGUCCACCAGUAUAGACAGACCAGCAAGUCCUCCGUUGGUCAUGGGACAGUGUCAGGGCGAGCUGUCACAGUGGUGCUUACCCCUGGGUGGAGUCUGUUUGGUCUGUCCAAUGUGAAGGAGGUCAAGGCAGAGAUAGAGCAGAGCCCUUCUUACUGCCCUGAGGGAAGCAAAGUGACAUUCUUGCUGGCCAUACCAGUGGACACAUUUAAAAGGAAGGAUAUGAAAGCUGUAGAAGAGUUUGUCGGCGUUUUGGGGAAUGAUGUGUGGAGAAGAACUGUGGUGUUGUUCACCUAUGGAGAGGAGCUGAGAGGAACCACAGUGGAGGAGCACAUAAAGAAGAAAGGUGAGCCCCUGCAAGCAGUGCUGCAGAAAUGUUACCACCGGCGUGUUGUGUUCAACACUGAAUCAGGGGACUCUGAUCAAGUAAAACAGCUACUGGAGAUCGUAGAUCCAAUGUAG